AUGGGGGUCAUUCAGAAACGACAAGAUAGUGACGUCGAUUUUUACAGGACAUGGAUAGAGUAUAAAGACGGAUUUGGGAAUGCCACUAAAAACUAUUGGAUAGGGAAUGACGCAAUCCACAUCUUAACAAAGGAUAAAAACCAAGAACUCCGAGUUGAUCUCCAGAGACAUAAUGGAGAACAGGCCUAUGCUGUUUAUACCACAUUUUACAUCGGAGAUGAAAACAAUAAAUAUACACUUACAGUAUCUGGAUACAACGGAACAGCGGGUGACAGUUUGAUUGAUUGGCACAAUGGUAUGAAAUUCUCCACCAAAGAUCAGGAUAACGAUAUGAGUAGCGUUAACUGUGCCACAAAAUAUCAUGGAGCCUGGUGGUACAACGCCUGUUACCAAUCAAACCUAAACGGACAGUAUGCUACGUCUGCUGUGAUUGGUGAAAAAUACCCGCUCAAGCUAAUCCGAACAAAUACUACCAAAUCCGGACAAGCCAUUCCGGACAAGAAUAACCUAAGUGAACUUAACUACUGA